UUUAUUUCAACAGCCGGGAAAAUUGCGUCGAUCCACGAAUAUGUCUCGAAGAUAUAUUUAUAAUAAAUAUAUACAUAUUGGUUUGGAGUUUCGCGAACGCAGAGGAAAAUCUCUCGCAUACUCGCGCUUUUCCUCAUCAUCAGCUUCGAUUAGAUUAGGGAGAAAACCGAAGCUGAGAAGCGAGUGAUGUCUUCGGUCUGGCGAGCAACACAUUUUAAUUUCAGAUUCAACUUGACUGGUUGAGUGUGCAGACGCCUCUAGAGAGGAAGGAAUAAAUCGUCAGAGGAAAAAGCUUCGUACACAUAUUGUGGCAAGUGAUUUGUUGUGUGAUUUGUUUCUUUGAACAAAUAAUCUCAUAAAACUUUUGCAAAAGUGCGUGAAAAUCCGGAUAAUUUGAGUGAAAAGUGAAGAAAAACCCCCUUACUGAAAAUUGAGAUUUCCUGGAAAAGCGAUAGGAAUUGCUGGUGUUUUAUAAAUAAAAUAAACUGGCGGCAAUGCGUGGAAGAUCUCGGAGUCAGAGCUUAAGUGAGACAAGCAGCUGUAGUUCCACGGCGGCGAGUGAUUUGAGCCACAAAUUGUCCUCAGCAGCCAUUAUAAGUGACGAUGUGGACUCAGACACUGAGACUACCAACAAUUCUGCCAAAAUCAACGGAAAAAUGAGCUCGAGAAAUGAUACAACCUCCACGGCGACUAGUACUUCCACGGAGGACUCAGAUCCUGUAGAGUCUGACUUUAGUGAUGCAGAUGCUGAAGAAAUUCAGGAGGAAGAAGUCGAGGAAACUGAGGAAGAGGUUGUUGAAGAGGAAGAAGUCGAAUACACCCUAGAUGAUUUUCAAAUCAUCAAAACUAUCGGCACAGGCACAUUUGGACGUGUCUGUCUGUGUCGAGAUAAAACGGACAAUUCUUACUGUGCCAUGAAGAUUCUGGCCAUGUGUGAUGUCAUACGGCUGAAGCAAGUGGAACACGUUAAGAAUGAAAAGAAUAUUCUGGCAGAGAUCCAUCAUCCAUUUAUUGUAAAUCUAAAGUGGUACACGAAAGACAACACUAGCCUCUACAUGCUUUUUGAAUACGUUUGCGGUGGGGAAUUGUUCACAUACCUGAGGAAUGCUGGAAAAUUCAACAAUUCAACAGCAAAUUUCUAUGCCUGCGAAAUCGUCAUGGCCCUCGAAUAUUUGCAUUCACUUUCCAUUGUUUACCGGGACCUGAAACCCGAAAAUCUUCUCUUGGACCGCGAUGGACAUUUGAAAAUUACAGAUUUUGGAUUUGCAAAGAAACUUAAGGAUCGUACAUGGACAUUGUGUGGUACACCUGAAUAUCUAGCUCCUGAGAUUCUUCAAUCCAAAGGACACAAUAAAGCUGUAGACUGGUGGGCUUUAGGUGUUCUCAUUUAUGAGAUGCUCGUGGGGUAUCCCCCCUUCUACGAUGAUAAUCCUCUGGGGAUCUACGAGAAGAUUUUGAGCGGAAAAGUAGAAUGGCCACGUCAGAUGGAUGCUGUUGCGAAAGAUCUUGUUAAAAAGCUGCUGGUAUUGGAUCGCACCAAGCGAAUAGGAAACAUGAAAAAUGGUUCAGAUGAUGUUAAGAGGCAUCGAUGGUUCAAACACCUCGACUGGACGGAUGUAUACAAUAGAAAAUUGAAGCCUCCAAUUGUGCCACAAGUACGAUUUGAUGGGGAUACUAGCAACUUUGAUGAAUAUCCAGAAGCAGAUGCCAAAAAGACACGCAUGCCAUCCAGUACAGAAAGGAAACUAUUUGACGAUUUUUAGUAUCAUAGUAACACUAAAAAUCAAACUGUGUACCACUGACUGACUAUCAAGUCCUUCCAAUUGGAAACUUUAAGGAAGGAAAUAGGAAGACGUCGCCUACAGAUUAUUUAUACAUUUUACCGCGUGGAUUGAUUAGUUUUUUUUCUAUUUUACAUUUCUUUUUGAUAUUCUUAAUGAGAUAAUUCAGAAUGCUUAGAUCAAAACCCUGUUAACGUUUUUUUGUAGGCUGUUUGGAUGAUGAUUUUCUUUUUACAAGGAAAAAUCACUUGGAAGAAAAUGCUGUAAUAGUGAAUUUGUUUUAUCGUUUGAAUAGGAACGCGUGUGUCCUCAAAAAAAAAUAUAAUGUGAAAAUAUUAGAUUAAAUUAUGUAUCUGUGAUAGGAUAAAGGAUAGAUUUAGGGAAUACUUUAGGAAUAAGAAUACCUAAUAUAUUUUAUUGAGAGUCUAGUAAUAGAAAACUUACUGUACAAAA